AUGAAAAAUCUCUAUCAAACUCACUCCUUUUCUCUAUUUAUCAUUCUCUUGCAAUCUCCCUCAUUAUCUCUCAAUCGAAACGCACCGCUUCACGUGAAAAUGCAGCCGUCCAGUGUUCCACCAAUAGUGGUGGAGAAGAAGAAGAAAGAGAAGGAGAAGAAGCAGCCAAGUGUGUCAGUUUUUAAGCUCUUCUCCUUUGCUGAUUUCUACGAUUGCAUUCUGAUGGCUCUUGGAUCCAUCGGUGCGUGCAUUCACGGAGCCUCCGUUCCAGUUUUCUUCAUAUUCUUCGGUAAACUCAUCAACAUUAUCGGCCUUGCUUACCUCUUCCCACAACAAGCUUCUCACAAAGUCGCCAAGAAGUUUGACAUGUUAACUGCUGCGAGUAUACUCGUUGGAUUUUGUAUAUCUGAGUGUGGUGAUACUCUCUCAUCAUGGAUAGAGGUUGCAUGUUGGAUGCAUACGGGGGAGAGACAAGCGGCGAAGAUGAGAAAAGCUUAUCUGCGUUCAAUGUUAAGUCAAGACAUAAGCUUAUUCGACACCGAAUCUUCCACCGGAGAAGUCAUAUCCGCCAUCACAUCCGACAUACUUGUCGUCCAAGACGCUCUCUCCGAGAAGGUAGGGAAUUUCUUGCAUUGCAUGAGCCGGUUUGUAGCCGGUUUUGCAAUUGGAUUCGCGAGCGUAUGGCAAAUAAGUCUCGUCACUCUCUCCAUAGUCCCACUCAUUGCUCUCGCCGGUGGCAUGUACGCUUUUGUCACCACCGGACUCGUCGCUCGUAUCCGUAAAUCAUACGUCAAGGCCGGCGAGAUCGCCGAAGAGGUGAUUGCGAAUGUGAGAACCGUACAAGCGUUCACGGGAGAAGAAAAGGCGGUUAGAUCAUACGGCGAAUCUCUGAAGAACACGUACACGUACGGGAGAAAAGCCGGUUUAGCCAAAGGACUGGGACUCGGUUCGAUGCACAGUGUCCUGUUUUUGUCUUGGGCUUUGCUCAUUUGGUUCACAAGCAUCGUUGUUCACAAGGGAAUCGCUAAUGGCGGCGAAUCUUUCACCACCAUGCUCAACGUUGUCAUCGCUGGCUUGUCUCUAGGUCAAGCAGCGCCAGACAUUUCCACGUUUGUACGAGCGAGAGCUGCUGCAUUUCCGAUUUUUCAGAUGAUGGAGAGGAACACGGAGCCUAAAACGGGUCGUAAACUCGGGAAAGUAGACGGAGAAAUUCGAUUCAGGGAAGUGAGUUUCACCUACCCGUCUCGCCCUGACGUGGUGAUCUUUGACAGGCUAAACCUCGUGAUCCCUGCCGGGAAAGUCGUAGCGCUUGUUGGAGGAAGCGGAUCCGGAAAAAGCUCGAUGAUAUCUCUAAUCGAGCGGUUCUACGAGCCUACCGGAGGGGCGGUGUUGCUGGACGGGAACGAUAUCAGAUACCUUGAUCUCAAGUGGCUAAGAGGACAUAUCGGUCUGGUUAAUCAAGAGCCUGCCCUGUUUGCAACUACGAUUCGGGAGAACAUCAUCUAUGGUAAAGAUGAUGCUACGAAUCAAGAAAUCGCCCGUUCCACAGAACUCUCGGAAGCACUUUCAUUCAUCAACAAUCUCCCAGAUGGAUUCGAAACCCAGGUAGGCGAGAGAGGGGUUCAGCUAUCCGGCGGGCAGAAGCAGAGGAUCACGAUUUCAAGAGCGAUCCUGAAGAAUCCAUCAAUACUCUUACUGGACGAAGCAACAAGCGCACUAGACGCAGAGUCGGAGAAAAGCGUGCAAGGAGCUUUGGACAAAGCGAUGGUUGGGAGGACGACGAUUGUGGUGGCUCACAGACUCUCCACCGUAAGAAACGCUGACAUCAUAGCCGUCGUUCAAGGAGGAAAGAUCAUCGAGUCCGGAAGCUACGACGAACUCACCUCCAACCCCGAUGGAGCUUACUCUUCUCUCCUCCGUAUCCAAGAAGCUGCCAACACUAACUUGAACCACCUGAAUAACCACACUCCAAACUUACCAAUCAGUACGGAACCGUUGCCGGAGAUACUACCAAUAAGAACGGCGAACUUAUGCUCCGCUCAUCAACCAGGAAAUCAACCAGACACGAAGAAACAGGGGAAAGUAACGUUGGGACGUCUCUACUCUAUGAUACGUCCGGACUGGAAGUACGGAAUCUGUGGGAUGUUAGGUUCCUUAAUGGCGGGUUCACAAAUGCCGCUUUUCGCGCUUGGGAUCUCGCAGGCUUUGGUUUCUUAUUACAUGGACUGGGAGACGACUCAGCACGAGGUCAAGAGAAUCUCUAUCCUAUUCUGUUGUGCCUCGGUCAUUACCGUCAUCUCUCACGCCAUUGAGCAUACCGCCUUCGGUAUUAUGGGCGAGCGUCUCACUCUCCGCGUCCGUCAAAAGAUGUUUUCAGCCAUCUUGAGGAAUGAAAUCGGGUGGUUUGAUAAGGUGGAUAACACCAGCUCGAUGUUAGCGUCGCGGCUUGAAACCGAUGCGAGUUUGCUUAGAACCAUCGUGGUUGAUAGAUCGACUAUCCUACUGGAGAAUUUCGGUCUUGUUGUGACCUCUUUCAUCAUUUCUUUUAUACUCAACUGGCGUCUCACUCUUGUUGUCUUGGCCACAUACCCACUGAUCAUUAGCGGUCAUAUCAGUGAGAAAAUUUUCAUGCAAGGGUAUGGAGGAAACUUGAAUAAAGCGUAUUUGAGGGCUAACAUGUAUGGAUCGAUUUUGAUGGCGCAAGGAUUAUCAACUUUUCAGUCGGUGAUGAAAACAUUCAUGGUUUUAAUCGUAACGGCGUUAGUGAUGGGUGAAGUGUUGGCUCUAGCCCCUGAUCUGCUUAAAGGAAACCAGAUGGUUGCUUCGGUUUUCGAGAUAUUGGACCGAAGAACUAAGGUCGUUGGAGAUACCGGCAAGGAACUGAGUAAUGUAAAAGGCACAAUUGAGCUCAAAGGUGUCCAUUUCAGCUAUCCUUCACGCCCCGAUGUGAGUAUCUUCCGCGAUUUCGAUCUGACAGUCCCUGCCGGAAAAAGUAUGGCUCUCGUCGGACAAAGUGGGUCCGGAAAAAGUUCGGUCCUUUCACUCAUUCUCCGGUUCUACGAUCCCACAGCCGGAAAAAUCAUGAUAGACGGACAAGACAUUAAGGAAAUGAACUUGAAAUCGCUGCGAAGACACAUCGGCCUGGUUCAACAAGAACCGGCUCUUUUUGCAACAACUAUCUUCGAGAACAUCUUGUACGGAAGAGAAGGAGCUACUGAAUCUGAAGUCGUGGAAGCAGCUAAGCUUGCAAACGCUCACAGCUUCAUCAGCUCUCUCCCGGAAGGUUACUCAACUAAAGUCGGCGAACGCGGUAUUCAGAUGUCCGGCGGCCAGCGACAGAGGAUCGCUAUCGCUAGAGCAGUCCUCAAGAAUCCAGAGAUUCUGCUCCUUGACGAAGCCACAAGCGCCUUGGACGUUGAAUCAGAGCGUGUGGUACAACAAGCAUUGGAUCGGCUAAUGAGAAACCGGACCACGGUGGUGGUGGCUCACCGUCUAUCGACGAUCAAGAACUCAGAUAUGAUAAGUGUAAUACAAGAUGGUAAGAUCAUAGAGCAAGGCAGCCACAAUAGCCUCGUUGGGAACAAGAAUGGUCCUUACUCUAAACUUAUCAAUCUUCAGCAACAGCAACAUUCCUGA